AUGAAGACACAUCAGUUUUUCCUUCUGCCAUUAUCGUUUCUCACAGGCUUCCCGGCAGCAGACAGCAUAAGCCCAAAGGAAACAAAGCCAAAGAAAGCCAAACUCCCCACAAUAAAAAAGGAGAACAACGUACUCUUGCUGAAAAAGAGCAAGUUUGACAGAGCAUUGAAGGCAACUAAGUACCUGCUGGUGGAGUUCUAUCACACAGGAAACCUGUGGGGCUGCCAGGAAUUAGCUUCAGAAAUCCAAAACAAAUGCAAGACCCGAGACCUUUCUCUUCUUGACCCACUCUCAACCAUGGAGACAGUUAGAGAAUGGGGAGGAACCCCACGCUCCUCAGAAGGAGUCAGACAGGCCUCAGCCUUUAUUACAUGGGUGAAAAGAAGAACAGGACCUAGCACUGUUUUAAUCAACUCUACUGAUCAGGCUGAAGCCAUCAUACGUGCUGACAAUUUGACAGUGAUUGGCUUUUUUCAAGGUAAUUCACUGAACACUCAAAAGGAACUUCACAAUGACAGUGGGGAACUUUUCCGUGAGACGGCAAGAGAAGUGCCAGAGAUGCCUUUCGGGAUGACAGCCAGCGAGGACAUCUGUGCUAACUAUGGCAUCCAAAAGAACACUCUUGUGUUUAAGAAGGUAGGAAUGCAAGUCUAGCAGGCAAGGGACAAUAAUGAAGUGCUUGAAGAUGGCAGACAGAACAAACUGGAUCUAACGAGGCUAAUCAAAACCUUUACCUUGGAUUUGGUCACUGAAUAUGAUCUUGAGACAUCUGUGAAGAUUUUUGAUGUCCCUGUUGAAAAUCACAUCCUGCUGUUCACCCCAACAAACUUGGAGACAUUCAAUGCAAUUCAUGAAAACUACAAGUCUGCUGCUGUGGAAUUUAGAGGAAAGAUAAUGUUUAUCUUGGUGGAUACUAAUGAAACAAGGAAUGGACGAGUGAGUAUUUUCCUCAUGAGGGAGGUUGACGUUCCCGCCGUGAGAAUCCUAAAUCUGACAAGCAAUGCAAAGUACAAAAUGCCUGCACACGAGGUGAUUGUGGAGAACCUAAAAGAAUUUUGCCAGAGCUACCUAAAUGGAAAAGCAAAGCUAUAUCUAUCUAGUGAAGAAGGUCCAGAGGACAGGGACAAGAUGCCUGUCAACGUGCUUGUUGGGAAGAAUUUCAACAGGAUUGUCUUCAAUAAGACCAUGACUGUGUUUGUCAUGUUUUAUGCACCUUGGUCCUAUAACUGCAGAAAACUCCUGCCAAUCUGGGAUAAGCUAGGAGAGCAAUAUGAAGGUUGCAAAGAUAUAAUCGUUGCAAAGGCAGAUGUCAGAGCAAACGACAUCCUGUCCGUUGGAUUAGAUUGCUAUCCGUUCUUCAGACUCUUUCCUGCUGGACCAGAUUACCAGGAGGUGGCCUAUGCCAGGGAGCAUACUUUGGAGGCAUUCUCUGAAUUCUUAGAAGAACAAAGCAAGACAAAAGCAGAACCAGGAGAGAAGGAUCCUUCAGGAGGAAUCAAGGAGGAUCUCAGCCAAAAAGAGGCUGUAAUAACAGAGAAAGAAGAACUUUAG